UUCAAUCUCUUUCUCCAUGAUCGAACCACCCAGAAACAAAAAGCUAAAACUCUCAGUUGAGGAUGGAGAUGAUCAUAAGGUUCAUGGAGAGUGUCUUCCAUUGGAGGAUUUACCAAGAGAUGUAAUCCUAGCUAUACUCAUCAGGCUGCCCAUUUCAUCCCUGAUUCAGUUUCGGUUGGUUUGCAAGUCAUGGAAGCUGCUGUCAAUCGACCCUGACCUUUCCCGCCUCCACCACUCUGCGCUGGCUAAUGACGAUCCGACGUUGUUGUUCCACUGCGAUUACCCUAUCCGUAACCACCUCUCAUUCGUCGAAUUAUCAUCAUCCGGUUGUGAUGGUGAUGGUGAUGGUGAUGGUGAUGGCAAGAUUGUAAGAAAGAUAUACACACCCUUUUCUGGCUCCAUGCCGGAAUUCAACGUCGUGGGUUCAUGUAAUGGCUUGUUAUGCUUAUCGGAUUCGCUUUAUGUGGAACCCGUUUUCUUGUUCAACCCGUUUUCUAUGGAUUAUCUGGAGCUCCCCAAAUCUAAGCAAUUUCAGGAACAGGAGGUUCUAUUCGGGUUCGGGUUUCAUCCGGUUACAAACGAGUACAAAGUUGUCAAGAUUGUGUAUUACAGAAACUGGCAGGUCCGCCGUCGGAUCAUCAGAAACAACCGGAAUUACCCCAAAUCGGAGGUUCAAAUUCUCACCAUUUCUAAACAAACCAAUAAGAGUUCAUGGAGAUGCCUUGGGAAAGUGCCUUACCAUCUUGACAGACAAGCAACAGAAGCUCCUGUAGUGAACGGGAGAAUCCAUUGGGUGAGUCGACCCGGCCGGAUCGCCGGCGUUCCAGGUCGAGCCAUCAUUUCUUUUGACCUGAAAGACGAGCAGUUCAAGGUGGUGGCGAAGCCUGGCCAUGCCAUCGUUAACCGUGGCAACUAUCACUUGGCCGUCAUAAAAGGUUGUCUAGCGGCGGUGAUUUCAUGUGGGUAUGGCAAGUUAGAGAUUUGGGUUAUGAAGGAAUACGAUUCUAAGGAAUCUUGGAUGAAGGAGUUCGUCAUCCAUGGAGCUUUUCCGGCGAAAAUGCCUAGCCACGAGCAGCACCAUUAUGGGAUAUGGAGGUGGCCUUUGGGUGGAAGGAUGGUUCGAGUUCUGUGCGUUUUGAAGAAUGGAGAUAUCUUGCUGGAAUACAGAGGUGGGAGUUUGGUCAAAUACGAUCCUAAAUGGAAAGAGUUUAAAGAUGUCGUCUUUCCUAGGAUGCCGAAGUUGUUUCAGACAAUUGUUCAUGUUGGUACCCUCAAUUGGGUCCAUACCUAAAUCUAGAUGUCAAAAAACACAAAAUCUGUAGAUGUUUUUGAGGUUAGAAAGAUUGCAUUCUAAGUUGUCGUGUACACUAGUUUCUUAAAUCUGAAACUGGCAGAGAUUCAUAUACAUUUCAGAAGCAUAACUCCAUUACAGACUUCUUUCAUCUAGUCACAAAAAAAGCACUAGUUCACAAUUUACAGAAUUAUGAUUCGAGAACUUGUACAACAAUUGCGAUAAAUCUAUGUCGUUUUUCUUUAC